GCGGGGCUACCCGGCGAGCACGAGGAAAGGAAGGUGGAGUAGAGCACUGGGCCAAGUGUCUGUCGGUCGGCAAACCUCCGCCUGUACGCCGCUCGCUCGGUACCGGCGCAGCGGCGUCUGCGUGCCCGAAGUCUGGGAGGCCUUUCCUUCUCUUGGUGGCAUUCUCUGGACCGCUGUGGAGCCCCUGGCACCUUGGACACUUGAUGAGUGGAUGACUGCGUGCUUAGAGGACGGUGGUUCUCUGGACUCUGUGAGCCAGCGGUGUUGGAGCUACACGGCUUGUGUCAUGGACUCUGAGGUCAGCAAUGGCUCCGGCCUGGAGGCCGAGCACAUCACAAACCUGCUGGUGUUCGGCUUUCUCCAAAGCUCUGACUCUAAUUUCCACCAAGAGCUGGAGGUGCUGGGUCAAGAAUUGCCUGUGCAAGCUUACCUGGUGGCAGACUUCGAAGGCGAGCUGCAGACAGAUGGCAGCCAGGCUAGCCGCCCCUUCUACCACGGAAGAAUAGAGCCAGAUUCUGAAAGUCAGGAAGAAGUCAUCCAGAACAUUGCCAGACAUCUCGCCCAAGUAGGCGAUGAGAUGGACCAGAACAUCCAGCCCACGCUGGUGAGACAACUGGCCACACAGUUCAUGAACAGCAGCCUGUCGGAGGAGGAUAGAAGGAACUGCCUGGCCAAAGCCCUCGACGACGUGAAGACAGCCUUCCCCAGAGACAUGGACAACGACAAGGCCAUGCUGAUAAUGACCAUGCUGUUGGCCAAAAAGGUGGCCAGUCAUGCACCGUCACUGCUCCGAGAUGUCUUCCACACGACCGUGAACUUUAUUAACCAGAACCUAUUCUCCUAUGUGAGGAACUUGGUUAGAAAUGAGAUGGACUGAGGGUGCCUGCAGAUGCCCGACUGGCAAGAAUGGUGAAGCUGCCUCCAAAGGAACCGUGACCAUGUAAACACACUGGCAUGAAGACAGGUCCUGGAGAACGGCUGUCUCCCUAUCUCCAGGUGGUGGGAAUCUCAAGCAGGUGGUUCACGUAACAUUUCUACAUUCAGCUUGAGUAUAUCUGAAGAGUUUGCGCCAGCUCCUGCAGCCACACCAUGUACCUUUGUCUUAUCCGCUGUACAGGUUCCCACUUGGAAAUUAAACCUAAAAGCAGGCUGUAAGGCGGAAAAGUGUCUUUGUGAUGUGGAGUGACUGUGAGAGGUCAGCUCUGGGACUGACUUCACCAUGCCGGUGGGCUUCUCUUUAAGGAGAACAGCGUUAGGAGAGGCACAUCAGCCCGUGAGUGUCACGUCCACCCAGCCUAGUGGACACCCCAGUGCUCACAAGGCCACCACCUGCCUUUGUAAAAGCUGAAUGGAUGAUCUCAAACCAUGGGAAGGCCAAUCACCCACCCCACCCCACCCCACCCCACCCCACCAUUUAGCUGUUCCAGGGCUCAACUGUUUUCUCAAGAUUUCUACCCCAGUAGAAACAAACUGAAUCACGUACACGACUUACCUCGUGCUAGGGAAUGCAAAGAACGACUCACAUACCAGCAUCACAGCAGAAUGCACAGCAGAGUCCCACAACAGCAGCGGGUAACUCGGUCACAGAAGGUGGCUGGCUUCCAGUCAGGACUGGCACUGUCUUGGUUGGAGAGCAAAGCUGCCACCCUCUCCCCAGGCAGCAUCACAGAAGAUUCUGUGUAUCAAAGCAAGUGUUCCCUUCGCUUUUGGACGUCAAGAGACAAGGCCUCACUACAUCCUCAAACGUGGCUAAGUCUUCUGUUAAAUGCUCAGGCUGGGGUUGUCGGCAUGGCCACCACAGCCUGCAUUCUAGCUUUGAACUCAUCCCAGCCACGGGGGCUGUGAGGGCCUGGGUGGAUCCUGUUAAUUAGUGGAUUUUUCUUUAGGAACAUGAUCUUUGUGUGGGUAUAAUUGAGAAAUUAUUUUAAUUUAGAGAACACUUUUCAUUCUGUUCUAAAAAUAUGUGAAUUGCUGUAAGUGGUAGAAAUUUGUUUCUUCAAAAUAAAAUAAAAGGUUCUUCUCUAAAAA